GUUGCAGGGGGGCCGCCAUGCUCUCGGGAGGGGCCGGGUGUACUGCUGCUGACCGCCACCGACAACCGCAACCGAUGGACGACCGCCGUGCGGCGGCCCCAGCACUGAAGAUGACGAUGACGGGCAUUCAGAUCGACCGUUCCCGUCUGCCUCCAGUUCAAGAAGUUUGCCGAGAUUUCGCCAUCCUGGAAGACGGGGCUUUCGCCUACUGCCUGCAGGAGCAAGAGAUUGAGCAGCACUACGCCUCCAAUGUUCAGAGGAACCAGCUGGUCCAGAAGGACAUCCGCAUCGCCAAGACCCUCCAGGACAUGGAGGACCAAGUGAGCCGGCUCAGGGUCUCCCGGAAGCAGAAGCCGAGCGAAGAGAGCGGUUCCAAAACAGCCCACGCCAUCCGGGAGGAGACCCAGCGGAGAAGCGCAGAAGGCCACCGGAGAAAGCAAACAGACCAGGAGCUUGCCCGGCGUCUGCAAGAGGAAGAGAAGGCAACCCGUCAGCAGCAGGAGGAAAAACUGCAGAGCUUACAGGAGAGACCAGACAACCGGAUCGGCCCCUUGGCCUGGCUGGUGGAGGAGGAGAACCUCCAGAGCCAAGAGCAGCUGCGUCAGGAUGAAGAGCUGGCCUGGAGGCUGCAGGAGGAGGAGCACGCCCGCGCCACCAGAGCCAGGAGGAACCGGGAGAGGAACGAUGACUAUCGGGCGGCCCAUUUAGCUCAGGAUGAGGAAAUUGCGCGAUACAUGCAGGACCAAGAGCUGAAGGCACGCUGGAGGAGCACAACCCAGGAGUCGGCGGACGAGCGAGAAGGGGGUGAAGAGGUGCCCGGCGGGCGCACUGAGCCCAGGUGGAGCCACCACCAUGGCCACGAGGAUGAGGAACCCCGGCCGAACGGCGGCAGAGCUGCCCCCCCAGUCGGGAGAGUCCACCCCCUCGAGAGAUCUGAGACCCCCACCAGAGGAGGUCCCGCGGCGCCGACCGAGCCGCCACAACUUUGCCGAAACAUUGUGGAAGAGCUGGAUCCGACCUUCAAGGCCAAAGGAGGGGCUGAGCGCCCUGUUGCUCUGCCGACCGCGGCUCGCUUCCGAGCUGCCACCCCCGUCCACCCCGUUCCCGUGGACGGCUUCUUCGACUACCUGGAUGAGCUCGCAGGACCGGCCUUCGUGUCCCCCACCAAACGACAGCCGGAGAAGGCGGGCCACCCAAAACCGAGGGACAAAAAGGAAGGGUGCAAGCAACAGUGAGCGGUCGAGGAGUGUCGCCCUCUUCAACAGGGACUCCGACCAGAGAGGGCUGGUCUCUCGGGUGGCCCCGGGCUCGCCAGCAUGCCGCUACCUUUUGGCUUAGGGUUUGCAUCACGGGGCCUUGGGGAGAAGGCCAGGCAGUGGCCGGUUGGGUUUCAAGAGGAAUCAGUGCACUUGGCAUGGCCGUGGCCCUUGGUCACGGGCGUAUGUGGACACCUGGAAACGUUUCUGUCGUAUUUCCACCCCUGCUCAUCCGCCCCCCACAGACCUUCAAGGAGGCUCCUCACGCAUGGGCCUCUGGCUGCCGCCCCCCAAGAUUGGAGUGCCUGGCGGGGUCCUGCCAUAGUUGCCAGCCUGGAUCUUUUUCCUGGAGAAACUGCAUUCACUGGACCUUCAUGGGGGAAAAAGCCUCUUUCGGGUGCUUAUCUGAAGUCAAGGCAGCAGUGAUGUCAUGGUGGGGGGCCACCUCUUGGGAGACAUGUGGGGCCCCACUGGGGAAGGGUUGUGAUUUCCUCUUGUCUGCCUGCCGCUUUUUCUGCCUGCUCGUGUGUGGUCCUGGAGCAUUGAGUCCUUGGUUCUUCUGGGGGAUCCUCAACUGCGGGAGACGACGAGGAGGGAGCAGGCAGCCCCUGGAAAGGCUCAGCCAAGCCCGUGAACAGAGAGGUUGCUUUGAACAAGCGAAAGGACUCCUGGUUUCUGGGAAGGGACCACCGUGUCGAGCCGGAGAAGCUCGUUCUGGCCAGAGGCCAGUCCGGAUCUCAAGGGGGAAGGUGGCCGAGCCACUUGUGGCCCUCCAGAUGUGGUGGGAAGUCUGCCCAGACCACAGCUAGGGCGUUGGCAGACCGGAAACACACGUUGGUGUAGGAGUGAGGGCUGCUGGGAGGGGUGAAGCCAAACCUGGUGCUCAAUCCUUGAGGUUUAUUUGCAUUAUGACAAAAGGAAGUUCUCUGGCGUAUGUCUCUGUGUUUGUACUUUUAUGCACGUCUCCUGCAUGCUUGCGCCCUGGAGAGGAGCUGGUGGCAGAUGGGCCCAGCUUCGCCAAGCUCCCCUUCGUGUUUGUGUUCCCUCUGGGCUGUUAUGUGUGUUUUUCUCUCUCUGUGUGUGUUUAUGUGUUUUAAAUAAAGGUCCCUGGCCACUUUGGGGCUGUUUGGCCUCACCUGCACCUGC